AUGCAUUCCAGCUGGUCACCACCACACGACUACCGGAACCGCCCUGUUGCGGUCUUGGGCGCCGGGGUCCUUGGAAGACGCAUCGGCUGCAUCUGGGCCUCCGCAGGCUACGACGUCCACCUACGCGACCCCAGCCCGGAGCAGCUCGCCUCCGGCAUCGCCUACAUCCAUGAACAAAUCUCCUCCUACGCCAGCAAGACGGGCUGCACCCCAGGCAAAGCACACAGCUUCAUCAACCUCGAAGAAGCAGUGGAAUCCGCCUGGCUCGUCAUUGAGGCCGUUCCCGAAAAGCUGCCUCUGAAGAUCGCCACCUUCGCCGAUCUAUCCACCCUAGCCCCGAAUGAUAGCAUUCUUGCAUCUAAUUCUUCCUCCUACAAGACCUCAGAGAUGCUAGACCGGGUCCCGGAUGCAGUGAAGCCACGAAUUCUGAACAUGCACUACUAUAUGCCACCGCAGUGCAUGACGGUGGAGUUAAUGACGGACGGCUUCACGCAUGAGGCCAUCUUUCCCUUUAUGGUGGAGCGGUGCCGCGAAGGCGCGACUUCGCCGUAUGUCGCGCGCAAACAAUCAACUGGGUUUAUCUUCAAUCGGCUCUGGGCAGCGGUCAAACGAGAGGUGUUGACCAUUCUGUCGGAGGGAGUAUCCGUCCCCGAAGAGAUCGAUGCUAUGUGGGAGGAGAUGUUCAUUCGGGGGAAGACGCUGCCGUGCAGGAUGAUGGAUAACGUUGGCCUCGACACCGUCGCCUUCAUCGAACAGCACUACAUCCACGAACGGGGCCUUUCCUCCGAAAAGACCGUGGACUACCUCACCACCAACUACCUCGAGAAAGGUAAAUUGGGCGCCAAAUGCGCCUUGGGCGGGCUCUAUCCCCUGUCUAGCGCAGCCGGCAACAGUAGCAGUGACCCCACCACCCACGAUCGCCAUCUCCUCGUCUUAGAUGUCGGACUCGCCUCUUCCACCGCGGCCUCCUCGAUCUCCACCCCAGUCGGCCAAAUCCUCUCUCUCGCGGCAGACGGGACCGAUUCCAAAGUGUUGGUUGCCAACCAGCUCCUUCCUGACGGCAUCGCAGUCGAUACCACGACCAACCGCAUCUUUUGGACCAACAUGGGGGUCCCCGGCCGACAGGAUGGUGCAGUCUACUCCUCAGCUCUAGACGGGAGCGACAUCCAGACCGUCCUUGAACCGGGCGCGAUCAACACCCCCAAGCAGCUGACCCUCGACCAGACAGCGCGGAAGCUGUACUUCUCCGACCGCGAGGGCUGCGCAGUCUACCGCUGUAACAUUGACGGGUCAGGUCUGGAGACCCUCGUCUCACGACAGCGAGGGAGCCAAGGCAAAGGGGUGACUGACGUACGGGACUGGUGCGUCGGAAUCGCCGUCUCGACUCGGUUCAACCGGUUCUACUGGACACAAAAGGGCGCGCCCAAGAGCGGGAAAGGGCGGAUCUUCUCGGCUGCGAUCCAUGCACCACCGGGAAUUGUGGAAGAGGCCGAGGACAAGGAACUGUGCAUCCUGAGCGGAUUGCCUGAGCCGAUUGAUCUGGAGAUCGAUGAGGAGAAAGGCGAGCUGUACUGGACGGAUCGCGGGGAGCUGCCUCUAGGCAAUGCACUCUAUCGAGUCAGCUUGGAUGUAAAGGGUCGACCAGUGGGCAAGCCGGAGGUCCUGGCUCGGGGUUUGCAUGAGGCGAUUGGGGUGAGUCUUGAUCGGAAGUCUGGGACUAUCUUCCUGACGGACCUCGGGGGUGGUGUCUAUCGCUGUGAUCGGGAUGGGAAACGGAAGGAGAUUUUGUAUCAGGAGGAUGGGCAUUAG